GAAUCAGUGACACUGAUCAUCAGUGGCGAACGCCAUUUUAGUUAAAGAUUAGAGAGCUUACGAAGCAGACGUGUUUUUUGCUUCUUAUUCAAGUGACUUUUGUGAUUAAAAAAUAAAAAAAACCAUGCCUCGAAGACGUGCUGCACCCGCACCCAGGACUGUAAGGUCGGCGGCUCCCGCAAGAGCAGCUCCUGCCAGGGCUGCACCACCUCCAUCAGUUCCUGCUCACGCAGCCCCAGCAACUCCAAUGAUGGCCCCACAGCAGCAAGGUCCAGGUCUCAUGGGACAAAUGGCAGCGACUGCUGGGGGAGUUGCCAUUGGAUCGGCGGUUGGUCACACCAUCGGCCACGCGAUGACGGGACUUUUCAGCGGUGGAAGUAGCGAAGCUCCCGCUGCCGCUGCACCAGCACCUCAACAGCAAUAUGCACCAGCUCAACCAGCUGCUGCUGCUCCUGGCGGUGCUUGUGCCUAUGAACUCAAACAGUUCCUCGAUUGCACCCAAAAUCAACCUGACAUUUCCCUUUGUCAAGGUUUUAAUGAGGCUCUCCGCCAGUGCAAGAAUGGCGGACUGCAAAUUUAAAUUAGUUACUGCAAUUUUAGACAUUUACCACUACAAGAUGGCUUCGUUGGAGUUGAGAUCUUAAAGACAGUCAUUUUAUUAUAAAUUAAAAUAGAACAUUCUUUUUGUGACAGUUGUAAAAUUAUUGUGUAUUAUUAAUAACGGAGAAGAUGAAAUAAAUCCAUAGUUGAAAUAUUA